UAUAUAUUUCUCUCUCUAUCUCACACACACUCGCUCUACCAUGGUACUGCAGAUACACAGAGGCACGCGCUGAGGUAUUAGGACGGCAUCAGCGGUCCACAUAUCAUCAUCGGCAUUGGCAGUAAUAACAAUCUGGACCAGAGAGGACAACAACACAGGCAGCACAAAAGGUUCCCUAAUCCAGUUUUCACCUCUCCUGUCCCUCACAAACAUCACGCUGGGGUCCGCAGAGUGCGCAGGCCGGCCAGAGGCCAUGAGACUGGUCCAUAAUGCAGAGAAACAAGGUUUUUCCUUCAAGAAGUGCACGGCGUUCCAGUUUGUCAAGAGAAAGGUGCGCAGGUGGAUGAGGAAUCCAAAGGUGAAUGUGGAGAAAGUCCAGAGUAAAGGUUUCCUGUCUCCUUGUCCAAAGUGUCAAGAAGGGCAAGAUCUGUGGUACACACACUUCCCAGCUCCGUAUGGUUGCUGUCACCACAGUCCUGGAGGAUAUUAUCAUCCACACACCCCUAGCCCUCUCUGUCAGCCCUGCGCCCCGUGCACACCCUGCCAGCCGGACAAAAACAAGACAUGCAAGGUGAGAAAAUGGAAGAUGCUCAGUCGACAUCAUAAUGAUAGCAAAGUAAAGGAGGCGGAGUCAGAGAUGCAUGUGAUCUGUCCUUGGACAGUGUCACCCCUACUGGGAAGCCCUGUACUACUGGAAUGUUGCAUCUGCAAUGGACCUUUCAUCACUUAUGGGAAUGAAGAAACAUGGCAACCACGUCAACGCACACAGGCAAUGGACCUCUACUACCAUGGUGACCCUGAAUCGGAUUUUUGCUGCCCCUCUGAUAACACGUUUAUGAAACAGAGAAAGAUGGGGCUGAACGACUUCAUACAGAAACUUUCCACAAGCUCUUAUGCAUGCAAGCAUCCUGAGGUUCAGUCCAUCCUAAACUUGACACCUCCACAAGAUGCUGAGCUGAUGAACAGCAACCCUUCCCCACCGCCAAGCCCCUCUCAACAGAUCAACCUCGGUCCCUCUUCCAACCCCACUGCCAAACCUUCAGACUUCGACUUCCUCAAGGUCAUCGGUAAAGGCAGCUUCGGCAAAGUUUUGCUGGCGCGACACCGGAGCGAUGAGCAGUUCUAUGCGGUCAAGGUUCUGCAAAAGAAGGCUAUCUUGAAGAAGAAAGAGGAGAAACACAUCAUGUCAGAGCGGAACGUAUUACUGAAGAAUGUCAAGCAUUCUUUCUUGGUUGGCCUCCAUUACUCGUUCCAGACUGCCGAUAAACUCUACUUUGUACUGGACUACAUUAAUGGCGGAGAGCUCUUCUAUCAUUUGCAAAGGGAGAGGUGUUUUCUGGAGCCACGUGCGCGGUUUUACGCUGCGGAGAUCGCGAGCGCUUUGGGGUACCUGCAUUCGCUGAACAUCGUGUAUAGAGACUUGAAACCCGAGAACAUUCUCUUGGACUCGCAGGGACAUAUUAUUCUGACCGACUUUGGCCUCUGCAAGGAGAACAUAGAACCGAACGGGACCACGUCUACGUUCUGUGGGACGCCAGAGUAUUUGGCACCAGAAGUGUUGCAUAAGCAACCGUAUGAUAGGACGGUGGACUGGUGGUGUUUGGGUUCAGUGCUAUACGAAAUGUUAUAUGGCCUGCCUCCGUUCUACAGCCGGAACACAGCAGAAAUGUACGAUAAUAUUUUGAACAAGCCCUUGCAGCUGAAACCCAACAUAUCCAAUGCUGCUCGAAACCUGCUGGAGGGUCUACUACAGAAAGAUCGUACCAAGAGACUAGGCUUCACAGAUGACUUUACUGAGAUCAAGACGCACAUGUUCUUCUCUCCAAUAAACUGGGACGAUCUGAACGCCAAGAAGCUCACUCCCCCUUUCAACCCUAAUGUGACGGGGCCUAAUGACUUGCGACACUUUGACCCAGAGUUCACAGACGAGCCCGUGCCAAAUUCCAUCGGCUGUUCUCCGGACAGCGCUCUAGUUACAUCCAGCAUCUCAGAGGCAGCCGAGGCCUUCCUAGGCUUUUCCUACGCCCCUGCCGUGGAUUCCUACCUGUAGCCCAUCAACACAGAAACGCCAUUACCUGUAGCUCAUUACCAUCAUUGGAAACUUGUAUGGCAUCACUAUAAGAACGAAAACCCAGUCCCAUUUUCCCCACCCCCAGGAGGGGGCAUUUGCACAUGGCGUACGGCAGCUCGAAGGGCCUUUUAUUUAAAAGGCCCGAGUUUUACAUUUAUUAAAAGACUCAUCUGCAUCGUCCGCAUCCAACUGCACGAUUUCUCCUCCGCUUUCACGCCAUGUUGUAUCAGGCAGACAGACGGUGAAAGAUAGAGGGAGAAGAUUGAUGCUGAUGGACAUUUAUUGUAUAUUUUUCUGUUUGCUCAUAGUAUUUACUUUUAUAGGACUGAUGUUGAUAGAGUGAGAAACCGUUUCGGAUGAGCGUGUGUGUGUGUGUGUGUGUGUUGUCGUCUUAACACCUCUCAUGACUUAUUUCUCAUGUUUCUUUCGAAAUCAUUUGAUCUGGCACAUCAGUCAGAUUUAAAUAUAGUCGUUUAUGACGCUAAAACCACUGAAUAUGUAUAUCAGCAUCUGAUGUUCAUUGUGAUUUAUCAGUUAUGCAUCUGGGAUCAAGUUGCACAGUUAGUCUUUCGUUUUCUUCUUAAUUUAAAGAGCACUUCCUAAGUUUACUUUUUUUGUUCUUUGGACAUGAGUGAGAGGUGCUAGAGAGAUCUGCUGCUACUGUGUGUAGAUAAGCAUCAGGACCAAUGAAUCAGAAGCCUGUGUCUCACCUUUGUCUUCCAGCCUUGUAAGAUGUAAUCGUACAGAUCAGACAGAAUGGACCGAUUUUGUCGAAGCAUCACAUUCCAUUGAAUAAGACUUGCUAUUUAAGUUCAUUUGUAUAUUUUAUGUGUAUGUAUGUAUGUAUUAGUUUUAAUGUAUAUGGAACAAAAACUUAAGAGGUAUGCUUAUGUAACAAUAAAUGUACUGUACAAUUGUAAAAUGUUUGAAUCGUGUGACCUUGUUUGGUUCGCAAUAAAACUUUGUGGUUAUUUUUCCUCAAA